GGUGUCGGAGGUGUCAGUGGAGAGGGCGGCAGAAUGAGCGAGGCGGACGGGCUGCGGCAGCGCCGACCCCUGCGGCCGCAGGUCGUCACGGACGAUGGCCAGGUCCCGGAGGUCAAGGAGGGCAGCUUUGUGGCUCUUGAAGGCCCUGUGGUCUGGUGGUCAAAUACAGGGAGAGUUGAAGAAUAUCCUUCGAAUUUGGCUGUUGAAACGGCAGAAGAUUUUUUCCUUUAGUGGCAGAGUUUUCAGAAUGACCUUCUUGAUGCUGGCUAUGUCCCUUGCCAUUCCCCUACUUGGAGCCAUGAUGCUGUUGGAGUCCCCCAUAGAUCCCCAGAGUUUCAGCUUCAAAGAACCCCCUUUCAUGUUUGGUGUUCUGCAUCCAAAUACGAAGUUGCAGCAAGCAGAAAGGCUAUUUGAAAACCAACUUAGUGGACCAGAAUCCAUAGUAAAUAUUGGGGAUGUGCUGUUUACUGGUACAGCAGAUGGCCGAGUUGUAAAACUUGAAAAUGGAGAAAUAGAGACCAUCGCUCGGUUUGGUUCAGGCCCUUGCAAAACCCGAGAUGAUGAACCUACCUGUGGGAGACCCCUGGGCAUCCGGGCAGGGCCCAAUGGGACCCUUUUUGUGGUUGAUGCGUACAAGGGACUGUUCGAAGUAAAUCCUCAGAAACGUUCGGUGAAACUGCUGCUAUCCACUGAGACUCCCAUUGAGGGCAAGAAAAUGUCCUUUGUGAAUGAUCUCACUGUUACUCGGGAUGGAAGGAAGAUUUAUUUCACGGAUUCCAGCAGCAAGUGGCAGAGACGAGACUACCUGCUUCUGGUGAUGGAGGGCACUGAUGAUGGGCGCCUAUUAGAGUAUGAUACUGUAACGAAAGAAGUGAAGGUUUUGUUGGACCAGUUGCAGUUCCCUAAUGGAGUUCAGCUCUCUCCUGAGGAAGACUUUGUCCUAGUGGCAGAGACAACUAUGGCCAGGAUACGAAGAGUCUAUGUGUCUGGCCUGAUGAAAGGAGGGGCAGAUAUGUUUGUGGAGAACAUGCCUGGAUUUCCUGACAAUAUCCGGCCCAGCAGCUCUGGUGGAUACUGGGUUGCUGCUGCAACCAUUCGUGCUAACCCUGGGUUUUCCAUGUUGGAUUUCUUAUCUGACAAGCCUUUUAUUAAGAGAAUGAUUUUUAAGCUCUUCAGUCAGGAGACAGUGAUGAAGUUUGUGCCACGAUAUAGCCUGGUUCUAGAAGUCAGUGACAGUGGUGCCUUCCGGAGAAGCCUGCAUGAUCCUGAUGGACUGGUGGUCACUUAUGUGAGUGAGGCGCAUGAACAUGAUGGAUACCUGUACCUGGGCUCCUUCAGAUCUCCCUUCAUCUGCAGACUCAGUCUCCAGUCUAUUUAGCCAGCCCAGCAGCUGCCCCCACUGUGCAUGCCAGGAAUCAUCACAGUCACAUAGGUCUGGAAGGAGCCAUGGGCAUAGCCGUCUCUGUGUUCCUGCUAGUCCUUGGAAGUGUGGGAGUAGCUGCUGUAACCUGGAGAAGAUGGACCUUACCCAUACUUUCUCCCAAGAGGUGCCUCUCACCUGGACUUGAUGUCAUUUUUAGAGGGAAAUAGUGUAUCUGUUAUGAGGAAGACAAAUCAUGGAAAAGCCAUUUCUCUUUAAAAAAAAAAAAAUGCUAAGUACAAGAAUUCUCUAGUACUUGGAAAAUUUAAUACACUUGUCACGGGGCUCAGGGUUUAAUGAUUAGAGCAGGGGAUUGGCUGUGCAGGGACCUUUGUAUUGCCACUGGCUCUAUCUGACACCUGUAUCUUCAUUCUAAAGUAGGGUCAUGCUUUUGGAGGUGCUAUUGCGGUAUACCAUGGAAGUGGUAAUGCAUGUGUUGAGGCAGGGAUUAUUCAAGCUGAAACUUGUUCUCAGGGGCCAUGUGAGAUGUGUGAGAAUUCCUGGACUUCUGGUAUUUCUCCACAGUAGAGGUGUGCUCUCCCACCCUCUACAAGUCUCUUUCCAUGCCAGAGGGUUUUCAAGACUCCUGUUUUAGAGGCCAGGAGGAUUUCAUUGGGUUUCUUUCUGACUGCCUUCUCCACUGGAAUUGGGUGACCCAGCAAGUUUGUACCUGCACAGGGGUGUUUUAGAAGUGCCAUUUUAUGGCUUGAUACCUUUUAGACCUACAGAUGUGAUUAGUGAACUAUUGAUAUAAUGUUUGUGCUAAUGUAAUAAGCUCAAAGUUGCUUAUUUCUUUGCAAGUAUGUUUAUACACUGGUCUUAAUUUUGAUAAUAAUAAAUCAUAUUAAACCCACU